CGGCGCGCGCUGCGGCGGCCCCGUCACGUCUAGACGUUCUGCGUAUGCUUGGUAGCUCCGUUGAGGCGAGUGCGUUGCGCAGCCGAUAUGCCGAAGGGGUCUCCGCGACCCUGGCGCAACUGGAAGGAGCAAGCCUCGAUUGGGACUCCGUCGCCGAUGUCAUGCGCCAUGAAGCUCUCAAGGUGGUAGGCACCGUGCCCGCCAGGAGUGUUCGUCCCUGGUUCCGGGGCAAGGAACGCGAGCUCCAGAACUUGGAAUCUGCCGUGCACAGAGUGGAGUUGCAACUUCGCACUGCCAGAGCCACACAGCCUGAAACGGUCCCGGAUCUUCUUGAGGAGCGCCGGUCUGCCAGUAAGCACCUUCGAGGCGUCAAGCGUACUUGGGAGGCCAUAUGGUGGGAGGAUCUUGCCAGCAAGGCAGAAAGGGCGGGAGAGGAAGGAGACGACUUCUCCUUCUGGCAGGCUUGGAAGGACUUCCUUUCAAGCAUCCAAUCAGGUAGAGGAGAAGUGAGUGAAGAGGUCUGGCAGUAUAUCCCGGAGGCUAGCAGUGUGGAGGGCUGGCUGGCAGAGCCUCCUACCCGCAAGGAGUUCAACACGGCGCUCUCCCGUAUGAAGACGGGCAAGCGGGGUGGAUGGGAUGACAUCACUGCUGAGCUCAUCAAAUUCGGCGGCGAGCCCCUCCAGUCAACAGUCUUCCAAAUCAUUACGGACAUGUGGCGUGAAGCUGCGGAGGCCGGCCCUGGCCUAGAAGCGGACACUUGGUGCAGUAGCGUCAAGGAGGGCGUCUGUAUCCCCAUGUUCAAGAACAAAGGCGACCGCGCUUGUAAGGACAACUAUAGGAACUUGGUCAUGCUGUCCGUUGCUGCCAAGCUCGUCGCCCGUAUCGUAGCGUCGCGCCUCUCCGCCUGGAUAGACGUGUCUCUCUCGGAACAGCAAAAUGGCUUUUUUUUCUCCAGAGGUAUCGACGAUGCGCACCAGCUGGUGCGUCGCAUCCUUGAGGAAGUCGUCGUCGCUGAGGGCGAUUCCCGUGUGUGCGUCACGUCUUUUGACAUAGUGCGCACUUACACCCGUGUCUGUAGAGAUGCGCUGUGGUGUCUUCUGUCCCGUCUUGGUGCCCCACCUGCCUUCGUUCAGGUCCUCAAAGCCCUACAUGAACACACGCGUUUCCGCGUGUUCGUACAUAACGGCUAUUCUUCCCCCUGGCUUACAGACCGGGGCCUGCGGGAGGGGUGUCCGUCUUCCCCGGUCCUCUUCAACAUCUUCCAUGACGCUGUCCUCAUUACCUUCAGGACACGGAGAGCGGAACGUGCUCUCGUGCUCGGCCUCUCACCAGGUCUACCUUGGCGGUUCAAAGUGGAUGGCCACCUCACUAGGCGCCCAGACAACAAGCUGUCUUCGCGGGGCGCACGUGACUGCGUCCUGGGGGACGUCGAGUACGCAGAUGAUAGUCUUAUCGUCGCUCAGGUCGAUGAAGCCUCAUCGGCAGAAAGCACAUUCAUCGACUCUCUGAGGGACUGGGGUCAAGAGGAGCAUCCGGGUAAAAGGGAACGCUUGGUUGUGUGUCCCAGGGGUCGGGGAGCCAUGGAGGUAUUGGAAGAAUUCGAAUGCCGCACCUUGAAGCACCUGGGCACCCUGCUCAGUGACAAGGCUGACCUCUGGCCCGAAACCAAAAGAAGGUUCCAAGCAGGCUUCUUUGCAGUGCGCAGAGUGGCCAAGCUUUGGUCUCUCGGCUCCCAUAGAGGCCGGGGCUCAACGGGAGGUCUUUCCACGUGUAGGAAACUCAAAGUAAUGCGCGCAGUCAUUGAGGGCACUGUCCUGGCCUGCGGUAAGACGCGCGUCUGGUCUUCUGCUCAGGAGCGUAAGAUCCAACAGGUGCUGUCUCGGGCCGUCCGUAGGUCGUUGGGUCUGGACGUCUUCAACAUGCGAGAAUACGGAUACUCCGACGAGGGCUUACUGCGUAUGGUUCACUGGGAUCCUUUCCCCCUCUUGCUUCAUCGUCAGGUGUUACAUUGGGCCGGGCACGUCGCUCGCAUGCCUGUCUCUCGCUUGCCCAAGAUUGCGCUCUUUGGUUGGCCGGUCGGUCUCGAACGCCACAGCAGUGGUCGCUCCACGUACCCCAUGUGGGUCAAAUGGCUGCUCCUGAAGUAUGGCAUUUCCACGAUGGACUGGUUUCGCCUCGCUCAGAAGCCUACGGGUCAAUGGCUUAAACUCAUCCGAGCAAAACUGCCACGCACCUCCCUGCCCAAGGACAAGGUCGCCGCGCUCAACGCGUGGAAGCCCGGCCAACCUUUGCUGUGGCAGGAAGGAUGCGCCCCCCCUCACGGAGCCGCGCGCCUCAUCCCGGAAGAGACUCUCGAGGGUCUGCCGCCCAAUGUCGACCUGGCUCAGGGCAUUUCCGGGGAUUGGCCUUGCCCAGUUUGUGACGUCAAAACUAUCACAGCUCGAGGCCUGCAGGUCCACUACGAGGCCCACCAUGCAGUACAGGACGAGAACGUCACCACGACUGAAAAGUCGCGCUGCUCUCUCUGCGGGCACGUCUUCGUCACAGAAGUAGACGUAAAACGGCACGUGUGUCCCACCAAACCACACUCGCUCGAAGCACUGGACGCUCUGUGGGCACUCCCAGCCUCGCCAGAGAUUCCCAAUUUUGUCGGUCGCUCGGUAACGGGGUGGGAGCUGAACACAGAUGGUUCUGGCGCGUCGGAUGAGGGCCCGCAUGCAGGCUGGGGGAUCGCGGUGUGGGUAGAGGGAGUGCGCUCCGUACUGCCAGAGUUCGAGCUUUUCGGUCCAGUCCCCUUGCAGUCAUGGGAGCCUCGUUGGAUGGGAGCAGACGUUGCGUCCAACAACGUUGGGGAACUCACCGCCAUGCUUGAGGCUCUGCUCUGGCUGGAACAGGAGGCGCCAGGCGAUGCUGGCUUGCCUGCCCGCAUUCGCUUUGACUCCACUUAUGCACACAGUAUCAUCACUGGUGCUUAUCGCCCCCAUGUCAAUCUCAAGUUGGCUUCUGAAGCCAAAAAGGUCUUUGAGCGUGAAGCCCGGCGCCGGUGCAGCCUUGGCAAGUCGACUGGUGUUGGAGGUGCGGCAAAGUCUUCAGCGGGCCCAGCCACGCUAGACAGCUCGCCGGACACGAAGGUCAAUGCCACGUUCCUAGCGUACCGCCACCGCACAUUCCGUGCCGGAAGGGAUGCGGGCGCCAGUUCGAGUGGCGAUUCCCCAGCGGGAGACGAAAGCAGGCUCAUCACGCCCGAGAAUACCGACACAUGCAUGAGAAACUCUGUUCCGGCCAACUUCAUCUGCCGUGGCUGCGGUCGUGUCUACAGCACCAUUGGCGCCCGCGUUACGCACGAGACCGCUUCGGGCACGGUGCUCCUCCUUGCUUGGGUGAAGGCUCCCCUUUGGGCAGUGGUCCUGCUUGCAGGAGACCGCCCGGCUUCGUGCCCCGCCGGGGCGCUGGCUCCCUUCGGGGCUGUGGUCCUGCUCGCAGCCCCUCCUCCGAUGUCCAUGGAGGAGCGCGUCUCCAAGUUGGAGGAAAAGGUGUCGGACCUCGAGAGUACUUCCAGGAUCCGGGGCACAGGUUUGGUGGCGCUGGCGGCAGCUGCCGAAGACAUCGCGAAGUCCGAGGCGAAGGAAUUCUGGAAGCUCAAAUCCGCCUUGCCCGACCUCCUGUGGAGGGACCUCGAGGAACCGUUGCGACGCGGGAUCUCCGACAGCAGUAAGGUGACCGCCAUCUUCGCUGAGCUGGUCCAGUGCUUGCGUGCCCACGACGCCCUGGUGGGAGUCUUUCCUGCCGGAGGUGCGUGGGGACGAGAGAGGUCGAUUGAUAUCCGCUUUCGUCCUGGCAUGCCGGGGCUGCGGAUUCAUCAUUUGAUCAAGUCCGAGAUUGCUCCGGUGCUGAAGGCGCUUGACCCCCCGGCAGCGGUUGCCAUUUGGGUGCCGCUGUCGGGGGGGGAGAUGAAGCGGAGGGAGCGGAAACGCGCCCGCGCCGACUCCACGGCCCCGGCGGCGACGGCUAAGAGCCGCGCCGGGAACCCAGGCAAAGGCCAGGGCAAGAAGAGCCGGCGCUGUUGCCUCUUCUUUGCCUCCUUGGUGCUGUUCCUCUCCGUGGUCACUUGUCUACCUUGGCGGUUCAAAGUGGAUGGCCACCUCACUAGGCGCCCAGACAACAAGCUGUCUUCGCGGGGCGCACGUGACUGCGUCCUGGGGGACGUCGAGUACGCAGAUGAUAGUCUUAUCGUCGCUCAGGUAUUGGAAGAGUUCGAAUGCCGCACCUUGAAGCACCUGGGCACCCUGCUCAGUGACAAGGCUGACCUCUGGUCGUUGGGUCUGGACGUCUUCAACAUGCGAGAAUACGGAUACUCCGACGAGGGCUUACUGCGUAUGGACAAGGUCGCCGCGCUCAACGCGUGGAAGCCCGGCCAGCCUUUGCUGUGGCAGGAAGGAUGCGCCCCCCCUCACGGAGCCGCGCGCUUCAUCCCGGAAGAGACACUCGAGGGUCUGCCGCCCAAUGUCGACCUGGCUCAGGACAUUUCCGGGGAAUGGCCUUGCCCAGUUUGUGACGUCAAAACUAUCACAGCUCGAGGCCUGCAGGUCCACUACGAGGCCCACCAUGCAGUACAGGACGAGAACGUCACCGCGAUUGAAAAGUCGCGCUGCUCUCUCUGUGGGCACGUCUUCGUCACAGAAGUCGACGUAAAACGGCACGUGUGUCCCACCAAACCACACUCGCUCGACGCACUGGACACUCUGUGGGCACUCCCAGCCUCGCCAGAGAUGCCCAACUUUGUCGGUCGCUCGGUAACGGGAUGGGAGCUGAACACAGAUGGUUCUGGCGCGUCGGAUGAGGGCCCGCAUGCAGGCUGGGGGAUUGCGGUGUGGGUAGAGGGAGUGCGCUCCGUACUGCCAGAGUUCGAGCUUUUCGGUCCAGUCCCCUUGCAGUCAUGGGAGCCUCGUUGGAUGGGAGCAGACAUUGCGUCCAACAACGUUGGGGAACUCACCGCCAUGCUUGAGGCUCUGCUCUGGCUGGAACAGGAGGCGCCAGGAAGCCCGGCGCCGGUGCCAGCAAGUCGACUGGUGUUGGAGGCCAACUUCAUCUGCCGUGGCUGCGGUCGUGUCUACAGCACCAUUGGCGCCGAGAACCGUUGCGCGAGGAGACCGCCCGGCUUCGUGCCCCCGCCGGGGCGCUGGCUCCCUUCGGGGCUGUGGUCCUGCUCGCAGGAGACCACUGGAUUUCUGGCUCUCCGCCCGGCCUACUUUGACUCUCCUCGCUCUGUCUUGCCCCUCGCUAUGCCGGCCCCUCCUCCGAUGUCCAUGGAGGAGCGCGUCUCCAAAUUGGAGGAAAAGGUGUCGGACCUCGAGAGUACUUCCAGGAUCCGGGGCACAGGUUUGGUGGCGCUGGCGGCAGCUGCCGAGGACAUCGCGAAGUCCGAGGCGAAGGAAUUCUGGAAGCUCAAAUCCGCCUUGCCCGACCUCCUGUGGAGGGACCUCGAGGAACCGUUGCGACGCGGGAUCUCCGACAGCAGUAAGGUGACCGCCAUCUUCGCUGAGCUGGUCCAGUGCUUGCGUGCCCACGACGCCCUGGUGGGAGUCUUUCCUGCCGGAGGUGCGUGGGGACGAGAGAGGUCGAUUGAUAUCCGCUUUCGUCCUGGCAUGCCGGGGCUGCGGAUUCAUCAUUUGAUCAAGUCCGAGAUUGCUCCGGUGCUGAAGGCGCUUGACCCCCCGGCAGCGGUUGCCAUUUGGGUGCCGCUGUCGGGGGGGGAGAUGAAGCGGAGGGAGCGGAAACGCGCCCGCGCCGACUCCACGGCCCCGGCGGCGACGGCUAAGAGCCGCGCCGGGAACCCAGGCAAAGGCCAGGGCAAGAAGAGCCGGCGCUGA